AUGGCUACCGGAGCAACCGAAACCACCGUGUCUCCCAUCCUUGCUGGGGCUCCACGAGUUGAAUUUGUGGAAGAUGUAGAUGAGUUCAUGAAAAAGGCAGAAAAUGAUUCUGCCGAAGCUGUUUUGAAAAGGCAGGAGGAGCUUCACAACAAGUUCAAGUUCAUGGAGUAUAAUAUCAAUUUGAAAAAAUCCCGGUUAAAGAACCAGAUUCCAGACAUAAAGAGCUCGCUAGAUAUUGUCAUGCACUUGAUGGUGAAAAAGAACAACACAGAGCCGCUGUCCACACGGUUUUUACUCUCUGACAAUGUGUAUGCAAAAGCAACAGUUCCGCCCACAGAGAAGGUCUGUCUGUGGCUAGGGGCAAACAUAAUGCUGGAAUAUGAUAUUGACGAAGCUAGCCAGGUGCUUGUAAGGAAUCUAGAGGCUGCCAAGAAAGCUUUGCAACAAUUAGACGGGGAUCUUUUGUAUAUACGUGAUCAGAUGACUACCUUGGAAGUCAACAUGGCACGAGUCUAUAACUGGGACGUGAAGCGUCGGCAAGCUGAGAAAGAUGGAAAGUCCUAG